UCAAUAAGAAAAAAUCUCAAAGCUAAUUAAUUAAUUAAUUUUCACCAUGGCUAGUACAAGAAUUGCUGCUUUCCUGCUGCUCCUGCUUCUCUUCAUUUCUGAAACUGCAUGGGCGGUGAAGGAGGUGGGAACUGUAGAGGAUGAAAAGAAAGUGUGCAAGUACAAGAGCAAGAAAUUCUGGGGAGUUUGUCUGAGUGAUAUCCGGUGUACUGAUGUGUGCAAGCGCGAGGGUUUCCAAGGCGGCGAUUGUCAGGGGAUUCGCCGGAGAUGCUUGUGCUACAACCGCUGCUGAUCGGCCGCCGCGGCAUCAUCAUGUGUGAUAUAUAUGUAUGUAUAUUAUGUAUGUAUGUAUGUAU